UCUUCACUAGAAUCAUUACAGUGUAGAUCUCUCUCUCCCUCUCUCAAACUAACCCUAAUUUCAGUGAACCGACCAUCUCUUUCACCUUCCAAGAAUUGGGGAUUCGAAAGCAACUUCCAUUUUGAUGCAGUUCUUUUUACUCUUUCAGAUCAAGUUCGCCCAAAUGGCUUCUUUUUUUGCAUUCUCGCUCAUAUUGCUCUCACUUUGGGGAUUCAAUACUUGCAAUGGCCGUAUCUUCACCUUAGAAAUGCAUCACCGCUUCUCCGAACCAGUCAAGAAAUUGUCCGAAAGCGCCGGAAAACAUUUUCUUGCCGAAAAUUGGCCUGUGAGAGGAAGUGUUGAGUACUACGCUCAGUUGGCCAACCACGAUCAGGUCAUCCGAGGCCGACGCCUUUCGGAAUUCAACGGAUCGCUUACUUUUUCCGAAGGCAAUUCAACCUUUCGGAUCAACUCUUUGGGAUUUUUGCAUUACACGACCGUGUCACUAGGGACGCCUAGUACGAAGUUCUUGGUGGCGCUGGACACUGGGAGUGACCUGUUCUGGGUGCCCUGUGAUUGCAGCAGAUGUGCACCAACUGAAGACACUCCUUAUAGCUCUGAAUUUGAGCUUAGCAUAUACAGCCCUAAAGGUUCAUCAACAAGCAAAAAGGUCACAUGCACCAAUAGUUUGUGUGCACACCGCAAUAGAUGCCUGGAAACAUUGAGUCAUUGCCCAUACACAGUGUCCUAUGUAUCAUCUGAAACUUCAACAUCAGGGAUUUUGGUGGAGGAUGUUCUGCACUUAAGAACAGAAGAUAAUGAUCAAGAAUUCAUUGAGGCGUACAUAAUGUUUGGCUGUGGACAGGUUCAGACUGGUUCAUUUCUAGAUGUUGCGGCACCAAAUGGCUUAUUUGGGCUUGGUUUGGAGAAGAUAUCAGUUCCCAGCAUUUUAUCCAGGGAGGGUUAUACUGCAGAUUCUUUUUCAAUGUGUUUCGGAAGCGAUGGAACUGGAAGGAUUAACUUCGGAGAUAAGGGUAGCCUAGACCAGGACGAAACCCCAUUUAAUCUGAAUCCAUUACAUCCCACCUAUAAUGUUACUGUUACUCAAACUCGUGUGGGGACUACUAUCAUCGACUUGGAUUUCACUGCUCUAUUUGAUUCUGGGACCUCUUUCACAUACCUGGUUGACGCACCCUAUACAAGACUUUCAGAGAGCUUCCAUUUGCAAGCACAAGAUAGGCGACGUCCACCUGAUUCGAGGAUCCCUUUUGAGUAUUGUUAUGAUAUGAGUUCUGAUGCAAACACUAGUUUGAUACCCACUCUAAGCCUAACCAUGGCGGGGGGAGGCCAACUUGCCAUCUUUGAUCCAAUAAUUGUCAUCUCCAUGCAGCAAGAAGUUGUAUAUUGCCUGGCUGUUGUCAAGAGCGCGGAACUCAAUAUAAUCGGGCAAAAUUUUAUGACUGGCUACCGCAUUGUAUUUGACCGGGAGAAACUUGUCCUUGGCUGGAAGAAGUUUGACUGUUACGAUACUGAAGAUAAUAAUACUUUCCCAACAAAAUCGCACAACUCUACCACAGUUCCUCCUGCUGUUGCCGUUGGACUAGAUAAUCAUGCUACUCCAAACUCAACCAGAGAGACCCGAAAUAGUUCUGUGAUUUCAGUUGCAUCUCCAUUUUAUCACUGCCAUUUUUCAGAUUGGACUUACUCUUGCUUAAGAUUUCUAUUCAUAUUGCUUUUACUAUUGCGGCGGUUAUAAGGCCUCCGUAACAAACCAGCAGCAGUUCGUUGUGGUAUUAUUUUUCAGUUUAAACUAUUGUUUCACAAAUGAUGAAAGCCCCACCUCAAAAUGGUCUCAAGAGAAAUAGAAAAUUUUGUAUUGAUUUUUAUUUGCCCCAUGGUUAUGCAGAUUGUAUUUGACCCUGCUUGUAGGGAUCUAGUGUACAAUGUACAUAGCAAACACAUUAACAUUCCAUUUUAUUAAAUGAAAUUUUGAAAGUGAUCUUGUUCCUCAGACCUACAA